AUGCAUUACCAUAGAGAAGAGGAAGCUCUUGUCCCUUGGCCUCGUGGGAAUUUGCCUAUGGUUUGUGCUGUGGCCCUGUCUGCCAUUACAGUUGGAGGCAUUUUCUUUGUGUCUCCUGAAAGUUUCUUUGGCUGGGUUGCCAUGGUUAUACUACUCCUGACCCUUGGCCCUUUGCUGCAUGGGCUCUGUCUGUUAGCAGAGGAGAUGCUCUAUCAUUCAAAUACAAGAUACAGAGGCAAAGGGCUGCUGAGUCAUGUACUGCCAGCCUGUGGUUUGGGAGGAAAACCCCUGUUGGCUGCAGCACUGGCAGGCCUUUUGCUCUACCUGAUUGGACAUCCUCUGCCUGACAAAUGGCAGUGCUGGCAACUCCUCUUUAUGGCCUCAGUUUUUUAUGCUCUCUUGAAAAGCCUUGGGGUCAUGGGUCCUUCAGAGGUUGAAAUGUCAGACAUCUGCGAGGGACGAAAGAUGAAUGUAGCCCAUGGCUUGGCCUGGUCCUUUUACCUGGGCUACCUGCACCUGGUGCUGCCAUACCUGGAGGAUUCCAUUGCAGCAUUUUGUGCCAACCAUCAGUCCUGCCGCUUCCGAGGUCGUGGAUCCCGGAAGCUUCUGAUCCUUAUACCAGUCAGUGCCAAUAUUUCUCACAAGCUGGAAGAUGAAGAUGACAACAUCCACUUCUAUGACAACCUCCCCAACACUGAGAUUGACAGAGCCGGAGUUCGUGGGCGGGUUUACAAGCACAGUGUCUACAGAGUUAUGGAUGAGCACGGGAAGACCUAUGAGUGUGUAGUGGAGUAUGCAACUCCUCUGCUGACCCUUCACAGGAUGUCCCAUGAGAGCAGUGCUGGUUUUGGGGAGCCUGAACGCAGACAGCAAGUUUUGCUCUUCUACAGGACCCUAAAGGACAUACUGGAGCACUCACUUGAAUGUCGCAACCACUACAGACUCAUCCUGCUUAAUGACGAGCAUGACGAUGACCCUCACUUCCUGUCCAAGGCGAUCCUCAGACACCUCCAGCAGCAAGAGAAGGAGGAGUUCUGUCUAACCCCACCUCCCCAUCAAGAGGCAACUCCUGGAAGUUACAACCUAAGAGCUACACCUGAGAAUUGGGUCAACCUGCACCCUGAGCCAAUAAGCGAGGAGCCAACACUCAUGAUCAGCUCUGAGGGACCACAGUCACUGAGGAUGCCUGUUGAGAUCAGCGAUUAUCCAGGAAUAAAAUAAACACCCCACACACAAAACAAA